CAUGGGUAUAUGAUAUUGCAUGGCCCAUGCAUGUUACUUUGUUGUUUCACAUCAUGUAUGCUAUUGCAUAAAUACCUCACGGGAGGUUCAUAAAAACAUACAAGAGAGUAUUAUCUUUUAUUAUGAAGAGUUUCAUUUUAGUUUCAUAAUUUUAUAGUUCUUGUCAAUUUUAUCAUGGUAUCAGAGACGAAAUCCUGGAAAUAAGAUAGUUUAUCUUUAUUUUAGAGAUGACAAAUUUGUUGUCAUUUUUCCGUCCUUGGAUAAUUGAUUCCGGAGCUUCCGAACACAUCACUUGUGAAAAUACUAAUUUGGUCAAUGUCUCGAGUUCCAUCUCUGAGCAAGAAGUCAGAAUUCCUAAUGGUGAUUUAAUUCCAGUACAUGCCGUCGGUAGCUUGUAUUUACCGAAUGGGCUUUAUCUCCGCCGUGUUUUAUACAUCCCAAAAUUUCAGUGCAAUUUACUUUCAGCAAGUCGUCUUACAAAGGAUUUAAAUUGCACACUGACAUUUUUUCAAGACUUUUGUGUUUUACAGGAUUUACCCUCGAAGAAACCAAUUGGGGUGGGUCGGUUUCGUGAUGGUCUUUAUUACCUUGAUUUUCCAAGAGGUGAAGGGAUGGCAAUGUCAGUCUCCAUUAAUUCCGAUCUAUGGCAUCAACGUUUGGGACAUGCAUCUGAUGGGAGGUUACAUCAUAUUACUUCUCUCAAAGGCUUUCGGGAAAGUAGUAAAUUUUGUGAUCCCUGCAUCCGAGCUAAACAAACUAGACUAUCAUUUCCUACAAGUACCAUUAAGACUACUCGUUGUUUCGAGUUGAUACAUUGUGACAUUUGGGGAGGCUAUAGGUGCGAUACAAUCUCCG